CUCAUGCUAUGCUAUCCCCCUCCCCACCAAAUAUGAACUCGGGACCACAACACGCCACCGUCUCUCACUACUUUGACUCGCGUUUUCGGGAAGUUGGUAAAUACACCUAGUCCUUCAACAUGUUUGAGAUGUUGCCUCGUCUAGAGAAGACGAGGCACGCACACAUCUUCAGCGAUGUGAACGAGAGACAUAUAGGUUCCACCGGCAACCACCGUGACCCAUCUGUACCGUACGACAGCCCUAAGCCCGAAUAUAUCCCCAUAUCCCCAUUCCCCUACUACUUAUCAUGGCCUCUCAACCACCCCGCGUGCAGCGCCUCCAAUCACAAAUGACAGCCCACAGCCUCGACGCCAUCAUCUGCACGCAACCCACCUCCACCUUCUACCUCUCUGGCUUCAACCCGAUCAUCUACUCCGACCCUGUCCUCGUCAUCGUCUCCCAGCAAUCCGCCCCAAUCCUCCUGGUGCACGCCCUCCGCAACUCGCACGCCAGGUCCAGCGCGUGGACGCCCAACAUCCACCUGUACGGAACCUGGGGGCAAACUCCGACCCUGGCGCUAACCUGGCCCGCGGCGCUGGCCACCCUCCUGGACCGCUGUGACCUCCCCGAGCACCCGACCAUCGGCAUCGAGCACGACGGCCUCCCCAUGACCCAGUACACCCUGCUCCGCCACACCCUCCCGACCGCCAACCUCGCCAACUGCACCCCCCUCCUCCACGCCUGCAGGGCCGUCAAAGACCCCGACGAGAUCGCCCACACGCGCAUCGCAGCCACCCUCGCAGACCACGGCAUGGAAGCCGCCGUCGCCGCCCUCGCGCAGCCUUCCACCACCGAACGGGACGCCGUCCUCGCCGCACUGCAGACCAUGCACACACACUGGGCAGCACAGUACCCUGAUAUCGAGAUCUGUGACUUCGGGUCCUUGGAGGGCGGGGUCAACAGCGGGUUGGCGGCGUGGGUGCUCUCGGGUCCGCGGCAGUCGUUCGGAUGCGAUAAUCCGACGCCCCGGGUCCCGGUGCCCGGAGAGAGCGUCUCCGUGUUCGUGUGGACGGUGGCCAACGGCAUGCACGCGGAGCUGGAGCGGACGGCUUGGGUCGGGGAUGUGAAUCGCGCGCAACAGCGGGCGAUGCAGGCUGCUUCGGAGAUCCGGAUGGAGGUUCUGCAGCGCGUGUGCCCCGGCACGGCGGUGCGGGAGUUGUACCGCACUGCGCAACGCGGGUAUGAGCGGCGAGGGUACAGGGCGUAUCUCCCAGGGCGGAUUGGGCAUUCCGUAGGGCUGGGGCCGCAUGAGCUGUUUUUCCUCGAGGAGACGGAGGAGCGGAUGUUGCAGGCGGGGAUGGUGCUUGCGCUGGAGGUGAAUCUUCUUGUCCCUGGGGUGGGGGGUGCGUGUGUCCAGGGGUCGGAUACGUUUCUUGUUACGGGGGAUGGGUGGGAGCGGUUGACGCGGUUUGCGGAGGGGGUGAUUCGGGUAAGGGCUGAUGAUUGAGAUAGGACUGUGUUGGUGCAGUCGGGGUAUGAGGGUAGAAAGUGCAGCGUUCGAGAUAGGGAGCGUGUACGUGUGAAAGUGCUAAAGAUCGUAUGAAUGAGAGUCA